GUUGCCUAAUCAGGAAGGUCAUUCCGGUGGAGCGUUUUUCCCCGCUCGGCUUCGGCUUCGGCUUCGGCUUCGCAUCACUGCCGGCGGGCCUCGCAUCUUCUCCCUCCUCCGUCAUAUCUCUCCACAAUUUGGAGCGAAAUAUGGGAUAUAAACAUCACUCUCAGGCCAGCUUCGGCAUCACAAAAGUCCCCAGCGCUUGUCAACGCUGUCGACGGCAAAAUUUAAAGCGGCCCUGCACCCUCUGUGUCCGCGCAGGGGCUCGUUGUCUUCCGGGCUCGACUCGUUGGAGACCCUAUCAACCUCCACCCGUGGAACCUUCCUCCGAAGGUGUGCCGAUAGCGGAUUCCCUGAGGAGUACACCAAUCCGACAAUCCAGUCCACCAUCUGCCCGCGAUCGAGACGGCCUGGCAUCGGCCCCUUGCAUACCAUCCCACCAAAGUCGCCAUAAUAGGACGUCAAGCUCGACCAUUUCCCUGCUAGGAGGAGCAUUUGAGCUUCACAACGCGGCUACCCCAGGACAUCCGGCACUAACUGCCAUCCCGGGAGCCCAUCUGCGGGAAGUCCACUCCAUCUCCCCCAGUGUGGAGGACGACACAUUGUCUAUACAAGUGGACAAUACGCCGGAGCAUCUUCCACCAGCCGUACCCCCUUGCGAACCCUCUUCAGUUGUCAACGACUUGGUCUCUUUAUUUCCGAGUUUUGAAGCAGCCAGUCUGCUCGUGGAUACCUACUUUGACCGGGUGCACUGGUUCGUGUUGAUCUUCUAUCAAGACGAGUUCCGCCAACGCUGGCCCAAACUCUACCAACCCACUCGCAGACCGGCAGUUCACCAUGGCGUCGGCUUCGUCAGCGCCUUUCUUCUCGUGAUUGCGAUAGGGCUGCAAUACGCCGGGCCUUAUCGACGGGAGCUUCUCUCCAAACAUGGCGUCGACCUCAGUCUCCGCGAUCGUAUUCUGUCGACUGUAAGAAGCUAUCUCCUUGACAUCAUGUCACUAGGCUCUUUGGAAGCAGUCCAGACUUGCAUACUACUGGGAACAUAUUACCUCUAUCACGGAGCUCCUCGUCUGGCGUGGCCGGUGUGCGGCUGUGGACUCCGCAUCGCUCAGGACGUCCGAAAUACUGUCUAGCUCUCUUAUUGACCUGGUUUCGGAAACUUAUGCAGCAUCCUUUGUCAGCAUCCAUACAUUUACUGCCGGCGUGACCUUGGGGAUCCUCAGCAGCAUGGACCCUCUGGGGACUCAAUCAGCCGAUACCAAAGCUGGGCUUCGAAACCUCAUGGGAGUACAGGAGAAACUCCGACUG